AUGGAGGGCGAGAGCACGUCGGCCCUGCUCUCGGGCUUCGUCUUCGGCGCCCUCGCCUUCCAGCACCUCAGCACCGACUCGGACACGGAAGGUUUUCUCCUUGGAGAUGUGAAAGGUGAAGCCAAGAACAGCAUUACUGACUCACAAAUGGACGAUGUUGAAGUUGUUUAUACAAUUGAUAUACAGAAGCAUAUUCCAUGCUACCAGUUAUUUAGCUUUUAUAAUUCUGCAGGAGAACUGAAUGAUCUUGCCCUGAAGAAAAUACUAUCAGGCUGUAAGAAGAGUGUAAUAGGAUGGUACAAAUUCAGACGUAACACAGACCAGACCAUGACAUUCCGGGAAAGACUUCUUCAUAAGAAUUUACAGUCACACCUAUCAAAUCAGGGCCUUGUAUUCCUUUUAUUAACCUCUAGCGUGAUGACAGAAAGUUGUUCUACUUACAGACUGGAACAUGCCUUACAUCGGCCACAAGAAGGUCUUUUCCAGAAAGUUCCUUUGGUGGUUACCAACUUGGGUAUGGCAGAACAGCAAGGUUACAGAACAGUGUCUGGUUCCUGCGUAUCUUCUGGCUUUGUGAGAGCAGUAAGACAACACAGGUCAGAAUUCUUUUACGAAGAUGGAUCCUUACAAGAGGUUCAUAAGAUAAAUGAGAUGUAUGCCACCUUGCAGGAGGAACUGAAGAAAAUAUGCUCUACAGUAGAAGCCAGUGAACGAUCUGUAGAGAAACUCCUAGCAGAGGUGAGCCAAUUAAGAGAAGAAAUAAAGAGGAAAAAGCAACAGAGUUGUUCAGAAGACAGAGACUACCCAGGAGAGCCAAAGGAGAAUGUUCUCCUUUGUCAGGCACUGCAAACAUUUUUCCCCAAUUCUGGACUUCAGACGUGUAUCGUUUCCUUCAAAGGCCAUCAGAUAUUCAAGAACUGCUGUAACAUAGACCAUGAUAUUAAUGUCAUGGACAAACUGACUCUCAUGGUAGAGGAAAGAGACUUCACUGAAGCUGAAACAAGACACCUAACCAAGCGUAAAGUCAGAGGGACCACAACAGGAUCAAAGUCAUUCAAGAAAUCCAGAUCACUGCAGCUUCACCAAAAAUUACUUCGAGACCAAGAGGACAGUGACCACGAAAGGAAGCUUACGCUGAGUAGCACUGAAACAGAUGAGGACGUGUUGGAAAAAAUUAGAGACACAAAUGAAUACCCACACUCUCCUACUUUCUGAUCCGUUAAUGAUUUGUCCAGAUGACUUUGCACCAAAAGCUACUGCCAGCAUAUUCAAGUGACAUAUCGAUUUAUAGCACUGCAGGAAUAAAAAACAGUGCAUUUUUGUAAGACAUACAGGUUUGGGUUCUUUUUUUCCCCAGUGCACAAAUCCUGUUUGGCAUAGAGACAAGUCCAGAUGACAUUCCCUCAUUUUGCCUUCCAGGGUUAAAUCUGUAUUUGCUCUCUCAGGGUUUAAAGACUAUGCUAGCAGGAUGUUAGCAGUCAUAUAACCAUGUCACAUACUGUCUCAGAGUAAUACAGCUUCAAGCUGCUGUUGAAGAAGCAGUACUACCGUUCUCUCAGCAGAUGAUGAGGUAGGGAGCAUCAAAUGAACAUAUGCUUAACACAAUUAGCUGUCUACAUAAAUUGCCACAAUUUAAAUACUUUGAUUUAUCCUUAGCUAUCCACUACUUGUGUAUUUUUUCCCCCCUUGCAAUCCAGCAAGGGAAACCAGCCACCUGAACUUUAGCAAGACCUGUGAGCAGAGGAAGUGAUCCAUACAGUUGCCAAUUUCUACUAUUGCUUUCAUCCGUCAUACUUCCUUCAGACAAUUUUAGACUUGACACUUCAUAAAAAAGCAACUGACAUCCACCCUUCAGUCAGUGAUGCAUUAUGCUAGCCAACCACAUUUCCAGUAAACAAGUA